AUGAAGGGCAUAUUCAAGGCCCUGGCCACGGCGGUGCUCGCCACGGCCUCGCUGGCUCAGGAGUCGGCCCCGCCCUCGGCCUCGGCUUCGGCGUCCGCCGGGUCACCGCAGCCGUCUUCGGGCGCGCUCCCCGCCGUAGCACCCAUCCGGCUCCGCCUCAACCCGGCCAAUGUCCGGAACCUCGUCGACUCGGACUUCAUCACCUGGACGAUCCCCGGCUCCUCCAAAGCUAACAUUACGGUCGCCAACAUCACUGAGAGCGACGUCACCUUCACCCUCGCCGCGGGCAACGGCUCUGAGCUGGCGGGCAACUACUACAAGUACCAGUACACGCGCAUCCUCUCCUCCUUGGGCGAGCGCAUUGUCAACGAGGGCAUUAGCAACUCCAACAAGGAUGGCUCACCGAUCACGCUCACGAUCAAGGGUCUCGUGCCGGGCAACCACAGCCUGCUGACAUGGCACAACGCCUGGGACGCCCUCAACGAAACGGCGACGAUCGACAUUUCCGUCAACGGACAGACUGAUCUGACGGCCGUCAAGCAGUCUGCGCGCGUGGACAACAUCUGGCAGGCCGCGACCUCGUAUCUGACGUUCGAAGUUACAUCCGCGACGCAGGAGACCAAGAUCGUCUACACCCCGGGCAGCGGCGGCGACAAGCGGGCUUUCCUCAACGGGUUCGAGGUCGAUGCCCCUCGCUUCGCCCGCGGUGGCCGCGGCGGCAAAGUCAUCAAGGUGACCAGCCUCGAAGACAGCGAAGCCGAAGGCACCCUCCGUUAUGCCCUGACCAUCGCCAAGGGCCCGCGCAUCGUUGUCUUCGACGUCGGUGGCGUUAUCACCACCACCUCCCGCAUGUCCGUCAACGACCAGUACAUCACCCUCGCCGGCCAGACCGCGCCGGGCAAGGGCAUCGUCAUCCAGGGUAACCCACUCGGCCUGACCGGCGCGUCCGACAUCAUCUUCCGCCACAUGCGCGUGCGGCCUGGCAAAAUCUCUGGGCAGACUAUCGACGGAAUGGGUAUGCAGGGUUCAAACCACUGUAUCUUCGACCGCUGCUCUAUGGGCUGGACGAUCGACGAGGCUUUCAGCUCGCGGUCUGCUUGGAACAUCACCUUCCAGCGCAAUAUGAUCUCGGAACCUCUCAACGUCGCCGGCCACAAGAACUACCCCAACGGCACUGCUCACGGCUAUAGCGCCACAAUUGGCGGAGACGUCGGAUCUUUCCAUCACAACUUGCUCGCCCACGCCGAGGGUCGUAGCUGGAGCAUGGGCGGCGGUGUUGACGACAAUGCUGCGUUUGCCGGCCAGCUUGACAUUCGCAACAACGUCGUCUAUAACUUUGGUGGCCGUGCUACCGAUGGCGGUGCGAAGAAGGUCAACUUUGUAGGAAAUUAUUACAAGCAUGGGCCGGCCUCCACGCUUCCCUACGCCCUCAGAGCACAGUACGAGGACAACAUGCCCGGCAUGCAACAGUACUACUGCGCCGGAAACUCCAUGCCUGGCUUCUUCGACCAGGACUCAGUCCAGUACCCCUCUGGCGACGGCACCGCCACAAAGAACACCACAAUCGCCUGCUGGGCCGACGUCAGCUUCGAGCCGGCCCCGACCUACCAAAAGUUCUUCGAUAAGGAGUUCUUCGAGCCCCACGUCGAGACGCAGCCCUCGACCGAGGCUUACAAGCGCGUGCUCUCUGACAGCGGCGCCAGCCAGCCCGUCCGCGACAUCCACGACGCCCGUAUCGUCAACGAGACGGCCACGGGAACCGCCACCUACGUCGGCUCCGUGUCGGGCAAGAAGGGCCUCAUUGACGACCCUAAGGACGCGGGCGGGCUCGAGGAUUUCCCUACUGUUACGCGCGCAGCCAGCUGGGAUGCUGAUGGAGACGGUAUUGCGGAUUGGUGGGAUGGGUCAACUGGUGGUGAUGGGUACACUCCCAUCGAGGGGUAUCUCAACUUCAUGGCUGAUCCUCACGCGUACGUUUCGCCUUCCAAGUCUAUCGAGGUUGACCUUGCUGCUCUGGCUCUGGGAUUCAAGGAGCCUACGUUUACGGUUUCUGGGGCAAAGAAGGGAGGGGUUACUGUCAUUGGGGGUAAGGCUACGUAUGCUGCUGGCGCUGAGGCUGGUAUUGAUCAUCUUGAGAUCAGUAUCAAGGACAGCGAGGGGAGCACGUGGACCCGGUCAUUUGGUGUCGCCAUCUUUGCCGGUGCGGAGGAGGCCUGA